AUACCCGGCCGGUAACCGUCCAUCAGUGUGAAAAUUCAGUCCAUCCUUCGACUUUGACAGAUGAAUAACGGACAAUAACGUUAAGAUUAGUUUUGAAGUUUGUUAGCUAAGCGUUUUUUUUUGUCUUGUAUUUGAAAAAUACAAAUAUAUAUAUAUAAAUAUAUAUACUACGGACCAGGCCCCGAGUAAUAUCGGAUGUGAUGUCCAGCUCGCCGCUGUCCAAGAAGCGUCGCGUGUCAGACUCCGAGACGAAGACGGGAUCUCACUGCUCCUCCUCUACCUCUGUCACAACUGAUCUGUCUCACACACCCACCAACGGCAUGGCUAAGAAUGGCAAUGAUGCUGAGAUCGAUGAAGGCCUGUACUCCAGACAGCUCUACGUGUUGGGCCAUGAUGCUAUGAAGCGCAUGCAAAGCUCCAACAUCCUGGUCUCAGGGCUGAGAGGGCUGGGCGUGGAGAUCGCUAAGAACGUCAUCCUAGGAGGAGUGAAGAGUGUUACCCUGCACGACCAGGGACAGGCUGAAUGGAGAGACCUCUCCUCACAGUUCUACCUGAGAGAAGAGGAUCUGGGGAUGAACAGGGCUGAGGUGUCUCAGACUCGCCUGGCUGAACUCAACAGCUACGUACCAGUAGUGGCCUACACUGAAGCCCUCACCGAUGAUUACCUGACUCAGUUUCAGGUUGUGGUCCUGACCAACUCCUCUCUAGAGGAGCAGCAGCGUGUUGGAGACUUCUGUCACAGUAACGGCAUCAAACUGGUGAUCGCUGACACACGGGGACUCUUCGGACAGCUCUUCUGUGACUUCGGAGAGGAGAUGCUGGUGAUCGAUACCAACGGAGAGCAGCCUCUCUCUGCUAUGAUCUCCAUGAUCACCAAGGAUGCAGCAGGCGUGGUGACGUGUUUGGACGAGGCUCGCCACGGGUUUGAGAACGGAGACUCUGUGAUCUUCACUGAGGUGCAGGGCAUGACGGAGCUCAACAGCUGCCAGCCAAUAGAGAUCAAGACCUUGGGCCCCUACACCUUCAGUAUCUGUGACACCACAGGGUUCUCCGACUACGUCAGGGGAGGCAUCGUCUCUCAGGUCAAGAUGCCCCAGAAGGUGGCCUUCAAAUCCCUCACCACUUCCAUGACAGAGCCAGAGUUUGUGGUGACAGACUUUGCUAAGUUUGAGCGACCAGGACAGCUUCACCUGGGCUUCCAGGCUCUACACAGCUACCAGAGGAAACACAACAGGCUGCCCAAGCCCUGGUGCCAGGCUGAUGGAGAGGAGUUGGUGUCCCUGGCUAAAGAGGUUAACUCCAGCCAGACGGGGUCAGCUAAGGUGGACGAGCUGGAUGACAAGCUCAUUAAGAAACUGGCCUUCGUCUCCGCUGGCGACUUGGCACCAAUCAACGCUUUCAUUGGUGGACUGGCCGCACAGGAAGUAAUGAAGGCGUGUACAGGGAAGUUCAUGCCCAUGGUGCAGUGGCUGUAUUUCGAUGCUCUGGAGUGUCUGUCUGAGGAAGAGGGAGGAGCCAUGCUCACUGAGGAGGACUGUGCCCCUAGGAACAGUCGUUAUGACGGCCAGAUCGCUGUGUUUGGCUCCCAGCUGCAGGAGGAGCUGGCUAAACAACGUUACUUCCUGGUUGGGGCUGGCGCUAUUGGCUGUGAGCUGCUCAAGAACUUUGCCAUGAUUGGAUUGGCUGGUGGAGAGGGUGAGGUCAUCGUGACAGACAUGGACACCAUAGAGAAAUCCAACCUCAACAGACAGUUCCUCUUCAGGCCGUGGGACGUGACGAAGAUGAAGAGCGAGACGGCGGCGGCGGCGGUGAAGCAGAUGAACCCGUCCAUCCGGAUCACGGGACACCAGAACCGCGUCGGACCCGAGACGGAGCGCGUCUACGAUGACGACUUCUUCGAGAGCCUCCACGGAGUCGCCAACGCUCUGGACAACGUUGACGCGCGUAUGUAUAUGGACCGGAGGUGUGUCUACUACAGGAAGCCCCUUUUAGAGUCCGGGACUCUGGGCACCAAGGGAAACGUGCAGGUGGUCAUCCCCUUCCUGACAGAGUCAUACAGCUCCUCCCAGGACCCCCCGGAGAAGUCCAUCCCCAUCUGCACGCUGAAGAACUUCCCCAACGCCAUCGAACACACCCUGCAGUGGGCCCGUGAUGAGUUGAGGGUCUGUUUUAAACAGCCGUCAGAGAAUGCUAUGCAGUACCUCACAGAUGCUAAGUUCCUGGAGAGGACCCUGAAGCUGCCUGGAGCCCAGCCUCUAGAAGUGUUGGAGGCCGUCUAUAAGAGUUUGGUGAUCGACUGCCCUCGCAGCUGGGCAGACUGUGUCACCUGGGCUCGUCACCACUGGCAGUGUCAGUACAGCAACAACAUCCAUCAGCUACUGCACAACUUCCCCCCAGAACAGCUGACCAGCUCUGGCGCCCCCUUCUGGUCCGGUCCAAAGAGAUGUCCUCACCCUCUGGAGUUCAGCACCAGCAAUCACCUCCAUAUGGACUAUGUGAUGUCAGGAGCCAACUUGUUUGCCCAGUCGUACGGCAUGCAGGGCUCUACCGACCGUGUCGGCGUGGCUAAGAUCCUGGACAGCCUAUCGGUGCCUACCUUCGUCCCCAGGUCAGGGGUCAAGAUCCACGUCUCCGACCAGGAGCUGCAGAGCGCCAACGUCAACGUCGAUGACAACAGGCUGGAGGAACUGAAGACUCUGCUACCUGGACCGGAAGCUUCUUCUCACUUUAAACUCACUGCCAUCGACUUUGAGAAGGAUGAUGACUCUAACUUCCACAUGGACUUCAUUGUGGCUGCUUCCAACCUGAGAGCAGAAAACUACAACAUUCCCCCUGCAGACAGACACAAGAGUAAGCUGAUAGCUGGGAAGAUCAUUCCUGCGAUAGCGACCACCACAGCAGCGGUCGUAGGUCUGGUCUGUCUGGAGCUCAUCAAGAUCGUUCAGGGACACAAGAAGGUGGAGUCGUUUAAGAACGGCUUCAUGAACCUGGCGCUGCCGUUCUUCGGCUUCUCAGAACCCAUCUCUGCUCCCAGCCACAAGUACUAUGAGAUUGACUGGUCUCUGUGGGAUCGUUUUGAGGUGAAGGGUCUGCAGGCCAAUGGAGAGGAGAUGACUCUCCGACAGUUCCUGGACUACUUCAAGAAUGAGCAUCAGUUGGAGAUCACCAUGCUGUCUCAGGGAGUCUCGAUGCUCUACUCCUUCUUCAUGCCUGCAGCUAAACUCAAGGAGAGGCUGCUGUUACCGAUGACAGAGAUUGUGACCAAGGUUUCUAAGAAGAAGCUGGGGAAGCAUGUUAAAGCCCUGGUGUUUGAGCUGUGCUGCAACGACCUGACUGACGAAGAUGUGGAGGUUCCCUACGUCAGAUACACCAUCCGCUGACCAACACACACACCGGGGGGGGGACUAAGGAGAGAGGAUGGCUUUGGAUCAAUCACUUGUAGAGGAAAGGUUAUUGGAUCCCUGGUUCAAAAUGGCACCCUAUUCCCUAUAUAGUGUACCCUAUUCCCUAUAUAGUGUAUCCUCUUCCCUAUAUAGUGUAUCCUCUUCCCUAUGUAGUGUACCCUAUACCCUAUGUAGUGUACCCUAUACCCUAUGUAGUGUACCCUAUACCCUAUGUAGUGUACCCUAUACCCUAUAUAGUGUACCCUAUUCCCUAUAUAGUGUACCCUAUUCCCUAUAUAGUGUACCCUAUAGUGUACCCUAUUUCCCUGAACUUAUAGAGACUAGGGUGCCAAACAACGAUCUGAAAUGAGAUGUGUUGGGACAUGGUUGUGGGGAGAUUGUAAACGGGUUGGUCCCUGUACCCAACAACUCUGCUACCCCCCCCCCCCCCCCCCCCCCCCCUCAACAACUGCUACCCCUCAACAACUCUGCCAACCCCCCCUCAACAACUCUGCUACCCCCCCCCUCAACAACUCUGCUACCCCCCCUCAACAACUCUGCUACCCCCCCCUCAACAACUCUGCUACCCCCCCCCUCAACAACUCUGCUACCCCCCCCCCUCAACAACUCUGCUACCCCCCCUCAACAACUCUGCUACCCCCCUCAACAACUCUGCUACCCCCCCCCCCCAACAACUCUGCUACCCCCCCCCUCAACAACUCUGCUACCCCCCCCUCAACAACUCUGCUACCCCCCCUCAACAACUCUGCUACCCCCCCUCAACAACUCUGCUACCCCCCCUCAACAAUUCUGCUUAUCCCCCCCCUCAACAACUCUGCUACCCCCCCUCAACAACUCUGCUACCCCCCCUCAACAACUCUGCUACCCCCCCUCAACAACUCUGCUACCCCCCCUCAACAACUCUGCUUAUCCCCCCCCUCAACAACUCUGCUAUCCUCCCCACUCAGUACUGCCGUGUCAGGGCCAACGUGGCACGUCCUUCCCCGUUCUCCCCUGACCCCUGCGUUGUGAUGUGGCACGUCCUUCCCCGUUCUCCCCUGACCCCUGCGUUGUGAUGUGACACGUCCUUCCCUGUUCACCCCUGACCCCUGCGUUGUGAUGUGGCACGUCCUUCCCUGUUCACCCCUGACCCCUGCGUUGUGAUGUGGCACGUCCUUCCCUGUUCACCCCUGACCCCUGCGUUGUGACGUGGCACGUCCUUCCCUGUUCACCCCUGACCCCUGCGUUGUGACGUGGCACGUCCUUCCCUGUUCUCCCCUGCGUUGUGAUGUGGCACGUCCUCCCUGUUCACCCCUCACCCCUGCGUUGUGACGUGGCACGUCCUUCCCUGUUCACCCCUGACCCCUGCGUUGUGACGUGGCACGUCCUUCCCUGUUCACCUCUGACCCCUGCGUUGUGACGUGGCACGUCCUUCCCCGUUCACCCCUGACCCCUGCGUUGUGAUGUCAUCAAACCAGUAGUGGCAAACACAACUUAACUGGAACGAACAUCUCUAAAGAUUUAUACAUUUUGGAAAACAGAAAUCCAGGAAACAACCAUAAAAUCUCACUUGGGUUGUAUUUGAAGUGUACAAUGGGGGGGGCUGUGAAUAAAGAGGAACUCUUGACUACCCCUGACUGUAACAUACCCUGGGAGGAGGGCAGACUGACCGCCCUGGGAGGGGGGCUGUGAAUAAAGAGGAACUCUUGACUACCCCUGACUGUAACAUACCCUGGGAGGAGGGCAGACUGACCGCCCUGGGAGGGGGGCUGUGAAUAAAGAGGAACUCUUGACUACCCCUGACUGUAACAUACCCUGGGAGGCGGGCGGACUGACCGACCGGGACCCCCAGGGUUGGUAUUUUAACAGGUGUGUCUCUUGUGGGGGGAUUGUGGGGGGGGGGGACAGGUGUUUAAACAUGACUUGAGUUUUCAAUUUGAUUUUCCAUUUAAUUUUAUUUUGGGAUGGACUUGUGUGUGCGCCGGGCCACAACCUUUAGGAACAUUCUGUCUUGUUCCGUCUGCUUUAUAAACUCCAGUGUGUCGACAGGUGGAGUCGGUCUGGUAGAGCUGCCAUGGGAACACUUGAGUAUGAUCAAUAAAUACAUUGAAUUGAAUAAAUAAA